GUGGGAGUCUGCGCGGGGGAGGCCGGAGCGGGAUGGCGCGGAGAGGGAUGCGGAUGAGGACAGCAGGCGAAUUGGUUUGGCGGAUGCCAAGUGAGAGGAUGACAGGCGGGAGAAUGAGGAGGAGGAAAGAAGGGAAGCGACAGCGGAGGAGGAGGAGAAGGAAGAAGAAGGGGGGACCCGAGUGAAGAUCAUGAGGUGGAGAUGUCGUGCAGCGUGGGACAAUCUACAGGUCUAGGUGCUCUUCUCCGCGGUGACGAGGUCCUUUCGGCUUUUCACCCCCCGGCCCUUGGCGAUAAAGGCGGCGCUUGCGGAGGUUCCAGGUUGCUGCUGCGGGUGGUGGUGGGCGUGGUGUGUGCUGCUGCGAUGCGGUGGUGCGGUGGUUCGGCGGUUGCUCGCAAUUUGUUGAGGGUUGCACCUGCGUCAUGCAGCAAGCGGCAAGGACUCGUUCUGGUGGUGUGCUGGGUGGCUGGAGCGGAAACGGGCGGGCAGGUGCUGGGGGGGCGAGCGCCGUUGUUGGGCGGUGCCUCGUUCCUUCCUCAGACGCGGCGGGAUGAGCCGGGAUUACGUCGGCGCGAUUUGUUCAACAGCAAUUCAAUUGGGGCCAAGCCAAACCCUAGCCCUCUCAAUCUAAGCAUUUUGCUUUUUGGCGUCGAGCGGGAAAACACCAUGAGAAAAGACGUCAAGAUCGCCGUCUUGUAUAUCGAAUCGUGCUUGGGCCCCUUCCUGGUCGGUGCGCUGUUUUUCUCUCUACCACAGUCCACGGCAAUUGCUCUGCCAGGAAAGAACCCCCUGGAGAAAAAACCCCCAAAAAACCCCCGCCCCCCCCCUCAUCACACAUCCCACGCAACUUCUUGCAGGGACCAGCCCCCUGUGCUGCACCGCCGUCUCGGGUUGACCCGAUGCUUGUCCGGGUGCGAGAUGGGAACAAUCCCAUUUGUCUGCCGCAGCUGCUGCGAUGAUGCGAUGCUACGAUGCUCAGUCUAACGCGGGUUUUGUUGGUGACAGACAGGGAACGCGACAUCUCCGCGGUCCAACUCGCUCGUCCAGGGAUCCGUCAGUGGCCGCAUCCACUGCAACACAGUGGAACCUCAACGGGGCCUUUUUCCUGGUCACGCUCUAUGGCACUUUGCUUAUUGCACCAUCGAACCACGACCAUCAGUCCAUGAUCCAUCUGCCCCGCGGUUGCGCAGCCUGAAUCACGCCCGGCCAACCUCCGAG